AUGAAGUUGCUUCUGGCAGGGAUUGUUCUGAUCCUAAUUGUGGAAGCCAAUGCCAACUGGUUCACCUUUCCUCGUGAAGCCGUUCAAGGAACUCGUGAUAUGGCGCGAGCAUACACUGAUAUGGUGGAGGCCAACUAUAAGGAGUCGGACAAAUACUUUCAUGCCAGAGGAAACGCUGACGCUGCCCAGAGAGGAGAGGGGGGCAGGUGGGCAGCUGAGGUUAUCAGUAAUGCCAGAGAGUGGGUGCAAGAAAUAACAGGUCACGGUUCUGAGGACUCUGCUGCUGAUCAGAAGGCAAAUGAGCAUGGGCGCAGUGGAGGAGAUCCCAACGAUUACAGGCCACCAGGACUUCCUACAAAAUAUUAG